ACCAGCCUGGGAGGGCGAGGGGACAGCGGCACGGGACGGGGACACCCUGCCCGGGUGACGCCUGGGCUCUGCCCUCAGCCGAGCUCCCCGCAUGACCAGCGAAGCCAUGGACACCCUGGGGCAGUACAAGAUCACGGUGUGGGAGGAGGAGAGCUUCCAGGGCAAGCGCUGCGAGUUCCUCAUGGAGUGCCCCAGCAUCAUGGAGCGCGGCUUCCGCAAGAUCCGCUCCAUCAAGGUGGAGUCGGGCCCCUGGGUGGGCUUCGAGUACCCCGAGUACCAGGGCCAGCAGUUCAUCCUGGAGAAGGGCGACUACCCCCGGUGGGAGGCCUGGAGCGGGAACAGCGGCUACCGCACCGAGCACCUCCUCUCCUUCCGGCCCGUCAAGUGCGCCAACCACAACGACAGCAAAGCCAUCCUGUACGAGGCGGAGAACUUCCAGGGGCACAAGUUCGAGCUGAGCGACGACUACCCCUCGCUGCAGGCCAUGGGCUGGGGCAACAAGGAGGUGGCAUCCAUCAAAGUGAACGCUGGAGCGUGGGUGGCAUACCAGUACCCAGGCUACCGGGGCUACCAGUACGUGCUGGAGCGGGACAGGCAGAACGGCGAGUACAAGAAGUACAGCGAAUACAGCAGCCAGGCCCACACCAACCAGAUCCAGUCCAUCCGCCGCAUCCAGCACUGAGCAGGGGCAGGGCGCGCGCCCCCGCAGCCCCCGGGCUGCCGUGCCAUAGACCUGUACCUGGUAGCGAAUAAAGGCAUUUGUC